GGAGCGCGAGCAAGCAACGGAAAGAAGACCCGGUAGAGCGCGAGGAGGGGGAGAGAGAGAGAGAGAGUGAACGAGAGAGCGACUACCGCCGGGGUCCGGGGACCUGGGGACGGACAACACGGAGAGCAGGAGGACAGCGCAUGAGCGAGCGAGCCACCGACCCACAGACAGACAGACAGACAGACAGACUGAAUGAAAUCACACCUGGUGCUUCUGACGGCCAUUCCCAUGUUUUGAUUUUCUCCCUUUCUUUUUUGCUUUCCUUUUAUUUUUUUUAAACAUUGUAAACUUGGUUUUGCCACGCCGUUCCUGCCAUGCCGUCCAACAGCCCUGCUGCCACCGAGCCAGCCCACACACCAGAGAACAACACCGCCAAUGACCUGACUGAAGACGGACCAGACCAAGACAGUCCAGAAGAGGGGACACCACCAAGCCCCCCGACCACCCGGAGAGUGGGCCGGCCCAGCAGGAAACGCAAGCAGCUGCUUCCUGAGACCCCCGACCCUUGUGCAAACGCCCCCCCAACCCCGCCCGAGGAGCCCGAGCCCUCCCCCUCGCCCCGCAGGAAGCGCGGGCGUCGGAAACUUGAGCAGCCCGAAAAGCAUAAGGAUGAGGCCGAAGACAGAAGCUGUGACUCCCCCAAAGAGGGUGAGAGCGGGAGGCUGAGGAGGAGGCCAGUUCCCAGAGUGACCUUCCAGGCUGGAGAUCCCUACUAUAUCAGCAGGCGACAGAGAGAUGAAUGGCUCAGUCGCUGGAAGAUCGAGGCAGAGAGGCGGGCUUACCGCGAGGCUGAGAUUAACAUGAUGGACGACCUAUCAGAGGGAGACUUUCAGAAAGAGGAGGAGCCAGCAAGCCCCGCCCCUCCUCCUGCUCAGCAGCACACAGACCCCGCCUCUCCGACAGCUGCCAUGACGCCAGAGCCUGUUGCCAGGGGAGAACAGGCCACACCCAGUGAGGUGGAGUACCAGGAUGAUAGGGGUUUUGGCAUCGGUACUCUGGUGUUUGGAAAGCUGCGUGGUUUCUCUUGGUGGCCCGGCAGGAUUGUCUCCUGGUGGAUGAGCGGCCGGAGUCGAGCUGCAGAUGGAACCCGAUGGGUCAUGUGGUUUGGAGAUGGAAAGUUCUCUGUGGUUUGUGUGGAGAAGCUGAUGCCUCUGAGCUCCUUCUCGUCUGCCUUCCACCAACCCACCUACAACAAACAGUCAAUGUACCGGAAAGCCAUUUUCGAGGCUUUGCAGGUGGCAAGUAUCCGGGCAGGUAGACCCGUCCCGUCAUGUGAUGCGAGCGAUGAUGCAGACGGGGUGGAGCUUCAGACCAGACAGAUGAUAGAGUGGGCCAUGACGGGUUUUCUACCCAGUGGCCCACAAGCACUGGACCCUCCAGAGGAGGAACAAAACCCAUAUAAGGAGGUGUACCCCGAGAUGUGGGCGGAGCCUGAGGCAGCAUACACACCUCCACCUGCCAAGAAACCCCGCAAGAACUCCGCCGAUAAAGGAAAGAUCAGAGAGGUGAUCGACGAAGGGACCAGAGAGAGACUCAUAUCUGAGAUUAAAAAGAAGACCAGGAACAUAGAAGACAUCUGUAUCUCCUGCGGGAGUCUCAACGUCUCUCUGGAGCAUCCUCUCUUCGUAGGUGCUAUGUGCCAGAGCUGUAAGAACUGUUUCCUGGAGUGUGCCUACCAGUAUGACGACGACGGAUACCAGUCCUACUGCACCAUCUGCUGUGGAGGCAGGGAAGUGCUCAUGUGUGGCAACAACAACUGCUGUAGGUGUUUCUGCGUGGAGUGCGUGGACCUGCUGGUUGGUGCUGGCUCGGCGGCGGCUGCCAUCAAAGAAGACCCCUGGAACUGCUACAUGUGUGGUUCCCAGAACACCUAUGGGUUACUACGGAGACGGGAUGAUUGGCCCUGCCGGCUGCAGCACUUCUUCGCCAACAACCACGAACAGGAGUUUGAGCCAGCCAAGUUGUAUCCUCCAGUCGCAGCGGAGAAGAGGCAACCAAUCAGAGUGCUCUCUCUGUUUGACGGCAUUGCCACAGGUCUGUUAGUACUGAGGGAUUUAGGCAUCCAAGUGGACAGGUACGUGGCGUCGGAAGUGUGUGAAGACUCCAUCACCGUUGGCAUCGUCCGACACGAGGGACGCAUCAUGUAUGUGGGCGACGUGCGUAACGUAACCCGCAAACAUAUCCAAGAGUGGGGGCCGUUUGACCUGGUGAUAGGAGGAAGCCCCUGCAACGACCUCUCCAUAGUCAACCCUGCACGGAAAGGCCUCUACGAGGGAACCGGCCGGUUGUUUUUUGAGUUUUACCGGCUGCUGCACGAGGCUCGGCCCAAACCAGGCGACGAGCGCCCGUUCUUCUGGCUGUUUGAGAAUGUGGUCGCCAUGGGAGUCAGUGACAAACGAGACAUCUCCCGCUUUCUGGAGUGUAACCCCGUGAUGAUUGAUGCCAAGGAGGUUUCUGCUGCCCACCGCGCUCGAUACUUCUGGGGAAAUCUGCCAGGCAUGAACAGACCUCUGUCACCCAUGGCCAACGACAGGCUGGACCUACAAGAGUGCCUCGAGCAUGGGCGCACAGCCAAGUUUGAGAAGCUGCGCACAAUAACGACGCGCUCCAACUCUGUGAAGCAGGGGAAAGACGAGCAUUUCCCCGUCUACAUGGACAACAAGGAGGACAUCCUCUGGUGUACUGAGAUGGAGAGGGUGUUUGGUUUCCCCGUCCACUACACAGACGUGUCCAACAUGAGUCGUCUAGCCAGGCAAAGGCUGCUGGGACGUUCCUGGAGUGUCCCCGUUAUCAGGCACCUCUUCGCCCCGCUGAAGGAGUACUUUGCCUGCAACUAGACGUGCACCAAUACACACACACACACACACACACACACUCAAACACACAAACACACACACACACACACACACACACACACAUACACAUACAGACACACGCACACACACACACACACACACACACUCAUUGUAAAGGACUGCUUCUCCCAGAGCCCAUAUAUACCACUGGCUGACCUUAGUCCCCUGGUGCUACCCUGCUCCUCACAGCAGAGCGGAUCUCCAACCACACACACACACAGACACACAGACACACAGACACACACACACACACACACAUUCAUAUGCACACAUAGAGUGUAUAUCUUCACGUGCAGAUUAGCUGUCGGACCUUCAAGCUGGUGUCUUCUGGCUUUACUGUGUUGUGGUGGCUGGAGCUGAAACUCCAGGGGGCAAAAAGUCAAAGAGGCUCUGACCCUCUGUUGUUGUUGUUGUUUAUUUAAAAUCAACACACCAAUGACUCCCUCUGAACCGUUACACUUAAUCUGUACUAAUGCAUAGUGUUAGUGCUGCUGGUGUAUUACAGUGCAAUGAACACACACACACACGUAUAUGCACAUGCGCACACAUACGAAGAGUCGUUUCUCAGUAGUCGGUCCUCACUGUAUAUACAGAGUUCCCACUGGUCAUGGAAUUUUCUGGAAAGUCAUGGAAAAGUCAAAAGUCGAUCCCAGACAGGUCAGGGAAUUAAAUACAUGAAUUCUUUGGACAAGCCAUGGAAUAUAAUGGGAUUUUUUUCAACCUCAGUUACAAACAUAAUAAUAAUAAUGAUAAUAAUAAUACUAAUCAUAAUGAUAAUAGUAUUUAUAUUCCAUUGUGUUCCUAUUAUAAGAUAAUUAACUUUAGUAAGACCUCUGAAUUUGGUGUGUGCUUAACAUUUUUGUCCAAAAAAAAAAAAAAAAGUCAUGUUAGUACUGUAUGUCAUGGAAACGUCAGGGAAUUUUACAUUUGACAUCGAGUGGGAACCCUGUAUAUAGCAAAACAUGUUCAUACAGACACACACACACAGACAGACAGACAGACACACACACACACACGUACGUAUGUCAGUCAGAGCUCAUGGUGCUGGUCAGGCAGUGAUCGAGUCUAAGUGAUGCCACUUUACACAAACACUUCACAGUCCUCGGUGCUCAGGCCAGUCUCUGGUUACUUCUGUUACUGUAGUUUUGGAUCCCUAACUGAAUCAUACCAAACGCUGACUAGCAGGAUGGAAAAUUAACACCAAGUUGCUGAAGUGUGUCACCUCUGCCAGCCUCUUUGUGUCAGAUAGCCAAACGUGUUUUUUUUUUUGUUUGUUUGUUUGUUUGUUGUUUUCUUUUUAGGGUCGCUUUUUUGUAAUACUUGGAUGAUGCCUGAGCGGAAACGUCAGAGAAAUUGGGAGUUUUAGUUAUGCACAUAGUUCUCGGAGACAGACUGGCUGAGUUAAACUUCAGUGGGUGGAGCUAAAGGGCCAAUGUUCUCCUGGCCAGGUGACACUAGACCAUCCCAGUGAAAAAGUCAGGAAGUGAAGGAGAAGGAAGCUAAUACUAUGAAGCGUGGUUACUAACUGAAAAAUUAGCCAUACUGAGGAGUUGAUUUAUCAAGCCACAGUUUUUUUGCAUCAUAAAUAAAUGAACCCACUUCAUGUACAUUAUCAGUGGAGUUACUUUGUUAAGUGAAAUGCACUAACACUAACACCUGCAGCUGGACAUCUGGGGCAUGUCUGAAAAGUAACCUGGCUUUCAGCACCAGAGGCAGCAGCUAUGAAAAAGAUAUUAUAAACAAACAUGUCUGUCUGCAAGACAAGGUUUUGUUUUUGUUUUUGUUUUUGUUUUUUUUCACGUUUUUAGAGGUAGAGCUCCCAGCAGGUGACAGCUGAGGAAGGCGUAACACAGGCGCUGGUUUUUGCACAAAUCACAUAGAUAGAUAACCAGCUUUCAUAUCAGGAAACAUAUUUCCAGCUUCAAGAUAAGAGGCAAAACACUUACUGCAAAAGGGGGGAGCCUGACAUUUAAUGUUAUAUAUUAAUGAGGUGCUUUCAAUAUCCAGAUUGUGGCCAAAUUUAUGUCAACUAACGUGAUAUCAAUGCGACUAAUAUCCGUACCCACCUGACAGUCAAGGUGAGCUGGCAUGAUUGUAUGUGCCAGGUCAAAUCAAAAAGACAGGUUGAACCAUCAAAGGUGCCACAAAAGACUUUAGACAGGCGCAGUUUCCUCUGCCACACCUUGCACCAAUUGUUUUAAAUUAGCUUUAGUGUUUUUUUAUUUGAUUUGUUUACAUAUUUUUGCGGUCCUACAUCAGAACGCCCUAAGAUGCAUAUGCAUUUGGCUGCACAAAAUAUUUUCAGUGUUGAUGUCACCAGCACCAACCUGUGCUGCGGCACCUUUGUAAAUCCAGGACACUUUUUUUGUCUCAUUUGUGCACAAAAAAAAAAAAAAAAAAACAUAAACCUUGAUAAAUCAGCCCCUUUGUUGUCUAACUUAGCCAGUUAGCCAAGCUGAUCUUCCAAAUUCAAACUAGCCUUAUUAUCCAUCAGCUAGUUAGCUGAACUGCUGUCCUUCAGAGAUCAUGAGCGUAAGAAUCAGGAGUGAUUGUGACCUGAGUUCAUUUCAUUGCUCAUUUCAGCACGGUGGCAGGUGAGGGGGUCAGUUGUGGAUUGAACAUGGCACCUUCCAGUUACGGAUGGAUGAGGCCCUUUCUGUCUAGUGAAAUAGUGGGAGUGGCCAUUCAAAUGCAGGAUGCACCAGCCAUUGCAAUUAGUUUCCUGCCCUGCGUACUAUUAGGGAUCCAAAAUGGCCACCAGUAGGUGCUGUGACUUCCAAUGAAAGACAAAGCAGAUGUUCAACUCUGCAGACACUAUGCUGGCUUUCUACUUCCUAUAGCCGAAAAACAAACAGCCCUGGAUAAGUAAUGGAUACUUCCUUAGAUAAAAAGUCAUCUGGUGUGGCAGAGAUUUAUUAUCAUGUUUCCAAGACUCUUAUACAUGCAGGAUCACCGGCUUCACUCAGUCACCAGGUGUCAAAGUCCCUUUAUACCUGCAAUACACUUGAUUUAAGAGCCUCUAUCAUGAUUUAUCCAGUAUUUAUACAGGGCUGUCUUAUGAAAAAACAUCUCUUUUACUCUUUGUGGUGCUUUUGGUCUUCGAACGACCAUCUUUUCCAGGACGCCUUCUGAUCUCCUGACCUUCCUCAGAUACCAGCUAACAACUGGACACACACAUUAUGUGCUGACAUCCACCGACACACUCAGACAGUAACACACACUAGCCGUAAACCAGCAGGUGCACAUUUAUUCUCCGAUCAUACGACCUUCAGGUGCUUUUUAAACUCUUGACUCUUUUUUACAGUACUCUAGCAGGUCUCACACACACACCACACACUCACACUCUCUCUCUCUCUCACACACACACACACACACACACACACACACACACACGACACCACACACACACACACACAUAGACACACAUUUGCUGGAUACAAACUCAGAAUCACAGCAAACCAACAUGGUGCAGACUUUUUUAAUACUCCUCCAACUCCUCUUGGGACAAACAACAAAGCCAACACACACAACGCACACACAAGUACACACAAAUACAUACUGUGUUUUUGCCGGCCGCCUGUCUCUAUCAGGCCUCCCAUGGUGCCGCUGGGUGUGACAUCAUCACCCUUCGCCAUUUGGUGCUCCCUCCAGACCCCCACCCCACUCCAACCCUCUCACCCCCGGGUGCUGCAUGUCAGUCAGUCAGUGUAAUCUCCGAUUCCAUGUUAGAUUAGGGAAUAAUGAUAAUAAUACUGGUAAUAAUAAUUACAGUAAUAAUCUGUUAUUGUGUGUGUGUGUACUGUUCCAGCUUGGUGCUCAGUUCAGUUCAGUCACAGCCUGUAGACAGGAGUGAGAGGCUAGAAAAAGCAUAUUGUACAGUUAGUAUAGUGACUUGUUCUAUUGUACCCAAGGACGCUAGGGGACGAGCUACAGGACAUAUUCUCAGAAGAAACAGGUUGAAAUAACACUGGUUGCACCGUCGCUGAACAUAAGCAGGUGUGUUGGAGCGCACCAGCAUGUCCUAUUCAGACGAAAAGUGCUGCUGCUUUGCUAAAAUGUUGCUUGAGCAAGGGGUAAAAUUAGAAAUGUAGGAAUCUACUUAGGAAAAAGUAAAAAGUAGCACAUUUCGGAUUAAAAUUUACAGAGUUGCUUUUAAAAGAUGCUUGCCAUGCAAAAAGGAUGAGAGUCCAGUGAUCAGCGUAGGAUCUUUUAAUCAUUAAUAUUAAAGAAAAACACAGCAACUACAAAAUAAAGUGCAUAGGCAAAGUAUAACAAGAUUUAAAGUGCAUAAUUUAAGAGAGAGCAAGAAUCAACAUUAUUUAAGGAUGUGGUUUCUGAACAAACCGUCUUCGUGAGCUAAAACUCUCAUCAGACCUAAGACGUGGAAUUGGAUCUGAUAACAUCCACUGGCUCCUCCUGACCUUAAUAACCCAGUUUUUAGGUGAUGCUUAUGGAGAACCUAUAAAAUUUGCACUUUAGCAGAUUUGCUUUCAAUUGAGGCAGAAAUCUAAAACGUACUUGAGUAAAACUAAAUUGCUGGGUUCAGAGGACACUCAGAAAGUGCACAAAAAGCGACUCAAUUGCAGUAAAAAAAAAAAAAAAAAAAAAAAAAAAAAAGAGCAAUUGUUAUAUGUUACGUCCAUGCUUGAACAUAUAUACAUGAUGUCUUUAAACCAGUGGUGAAAAAGUACUGUAAUGUUUUACUUAAUUAAAAGUAGCAAUACCUUAAGGGAAAAAUAGUCCCUUAAAAUGAAAAGUCUUGCAUUGAAAAAUUUACUUAACUAAGAGUAGUAGAUGUAUUUGCAGUAAAAUGUAGUGAAGUAUGAAAAGUAAAAGUAGCUGUCGUGGAGAACAUUUCCUCUCAGAGUGUUAAGUUAUUCAUGCAUUAACCUGUAAGUAUUUUAACAUAGCUGGAACUACUCCAUAUAAUGUUGGCUAGUUUACACUGUAACAGUGCAUCGGAUUUGAUGUUUUGCAUGCAAAAGCUUAUUCUGCAAAGUAACUAGUAACUACAGCUGUCCGAUAAAUGUAGUGCAAUAAGAGGUGCUGCAUUUCCCUCUGAAAUGUAGUGCAGUAAAAGCGUAACGUCUCACACUCAAGUAAAGUGCCUCAAAAUUGUGUAAGAAAGUACUUGAGUAAAAGUACUUUCUUACUUUCCACCUACACUUGAUUGGUUGAUUUUAUUCACAAGGUGCAUUGUCUUAUUGUGGGGUCAAGAUCUUCACAGUUGGCUUGUUAACACUGUCAGCAGCUACAGCUACACUUGGUUUCAGCCUUUCUUGUGACAUUUUAAGGAAAAAAAAACUCUGAAAUACUUAAAGACUACUAAAAAGAGCCACUGGUAAUGUGCCUUGCAUUCCUGGGCCCAUUUUCUUCUUUAGUGAUGUUUUUUUCUUCGGAUUGUCUUUGAACUACUCAAACAUAGACAAUGUAAUGUCACAUAUUUGGAGUCCCAAGUUUGGGGUUCAGCUACAAUUAAGUUUAGUAUCUGAAUGAUUCAUUAACAUCUAAAACAUUAACAGGUUUUGGCCUCUGUCUCCUAGAGUCAAAGAGCAAGAGUUUCCUUAAAGAAUCACUGUUUUGCACCAGAGUUCAAUAGUCAAACAACUAUUUUUUCCACUGACAUUAGCCUCAAAAGGCCAGAAUGCAAUGCACCCUCAAGACAUGUGCUUUGAUUAAUUAAGAGGCAACUCUCAUUUUGUCUUGGAAAACGUUUGGCUCUUUUAUUACUAUUGCUCCCGCCACCUACAUGUAUAGCCCAUAGUUUGACCAAAGGUAUUCUGGGAAAUGUAGGAAAUCACUAAUAAGGUAAAAGUUGACAUGCGGGUUCAAAAUUAAAUCAUAUCCAGGGGUGGAAUCGUCUGGUGAAGUAAAAUCCAAAACGUCAAGGAAUCUCUUAAGACAUGCUAGGUAUUUAAAAAAAACAAACAAACAAACACAUUUGUAUGUUCAGUCUCAACACAAGCAGUGUUAUUUCAACAAAUCCAUUUUAGAGGGCAGUCAGAGGAAGGAGUGAGGGAAGGAGUCAAUAUCUGUACUGUUUUAGUUGACAUCUGUCAAUUUAAUUGAUAGGUGACUCGGUGAUGAUGUUUCUGUUCGCCUAUCGACAGCUUUUAGGCUGUUUCAACACUCCAGCACAUAAUACAAUAUAUAAAAAACAUUAUAUGCACACACUCGCACGCACACACACACACAUACACAACACUGUUACAUACACAGAGCAAACACGUGCUUGACACAGGCAUACAUGCACAACACACACAAAUACAAUGCUGUGGCGCAUGCAGACUCUCAUCUCAUGGACUAAAUGAUAGAUGAGCUUUUAAGAAAGGAGGACCUGGUGGUGUUUCAAAAGGUGCUAAAAUUUUAUCUGAAAAUAAGAAAAAUAUAUUGUUAGGAGUAUAAAUCAAGUUUGUCUUUACAAUGACUGUAUUUAAGUUUGUCGUAGUAAUGAAAAGGCACUAUUAUUAUUUUACUCUUGUAUGAAUAUGAACUAAUUAAAAAGGCAUUUUAACUUUGUACUUGAACCAAUGUAUGAACCGUGAAUAAAAAAGGACUGUUUCAUGUG